AUGUGGUACAGACGGUCUUUGGUUUGUUUUUAUUUGGCGGUAAUUGCAAGUGUCAUCGGCGAUUGUGGGCCAAGACUGAAGUAUGCUUGGGGUGAUGCGUUGCAGGGCACAGACUGUCCGGGGCCAGAUGGAACGCCCUAUCCUAGACAUUUAGUAAAUCGCGCAGUAAAAUCUGGACCAUGGGGUCAGUCAUCACGCCAAGGUCGGGAUAUGAAGACGCUGAAUCCCGAAUUGAUGAGGAAAGCAUUGUUGGAGGCUCAUGGAGGGUAUUCUGAGGGCGUGAUGAAAGCACCGAGUAAUAGAACAGCUCGUGCAUCAAAUCUACCUGGAAUAGCUCCUAACCCACAAAGCACUUGUGGUGGUACCAGAUUAUGUAAAACCCGCUAUAAUACGACAGCUCCUAUGUACGGAGUGUCUCUCACUUCUGGGCAACCUGUUACAAUUGUCCAGAAGUUCCCUGAUCUACUACAGCAGGUCGUCUUCGAGGUUUGCGAAUCUACCGAGUGCUCCAUGGUCCGAGGCUCGUGUACGCAAACCUACGUUCCCUAUUUAUUCUUGGUACUGCCCUUGGGGCCUGUCACCCUUACUGGACAGGACUACGUGCUGGUGGAGUCAGGCUGUGUCUGCAGGCCGGAUCCAGUUGUGUAG